AGUAUCAGCGUGAACCCCACGGUCGCGAACAUCGACAUCAACAAUGCCACCACGGACUGGCUGUGGGCGGCCUUCGCCGUGAUGUUUCUCUCUGAUCUGGUUUUCAUCUAUUGGUCCUACACGAAACCCAUCGGCAUGCGCACUUUCUAUCAACUUCCAGUUCUUAUCCUCUCGACAGCCAGUAUCGCGUACUUCUCCAUGGCCAGUGACCUCGGCGCCACUCCCAUCGUCGCAGAAUUCCCUCGUGGCGCCGCCGCUGGUAGCACGCGUAGUAUCUGGUACGUCCGCUACAUCGAUUGGACGAUCACCACUCCUCUUCUUCUACUUGAGCUCCUCCUGGCUACCGGUCUCCCACUCUCGGAAAUCCUCAUCAUCAUCUUUAUGGACCUUGUUAUGAUCGUCGCGGGCCUUGUCGGUGCGCUCGUUCAGUCGAGGUAUAAGUGGGGUUACUACGCAUUCGGUUGCGGAGCGCAGUUUUUCAUCUGGUGGGGUACGCUCGUCAAAGCACCUCAAGCCACGACGGCCAUGGGCAAUGACGUUCGCAGGUCUUAUACCGCUUCAGCUUACGCCUUGGCUCUCAUCUGGCUGUUGUACCCUAUAGCAUGGGCCGUCGCAGAUGGUGGCAACGUCAUCUCUCCGCUUAAGGAGAUGAUCUUCUACGGCAUCCUCGACCUUGUCGCCAAACCUGUCUUCUGCUUCUACCACGCCUACCAAAUCAGCAAAGUCCCCUACGAACGCUUCCUCCUCUCCUCCGGCAAA